AUGUUUUUUUAUCAUGCAGAAGUUGCGUUUUGGGUUCACAGGGACAGAAGGAUGCGUUGGAAAGGCCAUGGGCGUUUCGUGUUGGCAUUGGGUACCCUGAGUUUGCUGAGCCUUCAGAGAGCGAGACUAGCCUUCAGUGUGAUGAGCUCUUCUGAGGGGUUUUUGGAAGUGGAGCAGAAGUUCCACUGCAGCGCUCCACUCCUGUCGUCCCUCGAAGCCUCUGCUGAGCUCAGCGACGAAGCACGCUUCACUGACGUCUACUGGGACACCUCGGACUUCCGGCUCACCACCCGGGACCUUUGGCUUCGGCAGCGCGACGGCGCGCUGGAGCUGAAGGCCAGAGAGGACGGCGCAAAGGCGCUGGACGGAGACUUCGUGAGCGUCUACCGCGAACUCACGGAGCUCCCGCGCAUCGCGGAGCGGCUGCAGACCUUGGACCUGUCGCUCCCCGCGCCUCGCGGCGCCGGCCCCGGCGGACCCGGCGACCUGGACGUCUUCGCGCGGAUCGAGACGUGGAGGCGAAGGUAUAAGGCAACCAUGCCUAUGCCCGACACCGGCACCAGCUUUGCGGUGUUCAUCGACAUUGAUCGCGUAAGCUUUCCGCGCGAGGGCGACGAACGCGACGAACGCCUCGACGGAGGGCGAGUGCCGCGCGUGGAAGCGGACUAUGUGAUUGGAGAAGUGGAGCUGGAUGCCAGUGGAGCGGUGAGUGAGCUCUCAACUGCUCAGAAGCUUCAACUUCUUCAACAUGCACUCACCAGGUUGGAGAUCGCUUCAGAACCUGUGCCAGGGAAAGUGGAAGAGUUCUUGAGGAGAUACAGAAUCAAGCACUUUGAAGCUUUGAAGACUGCCGGAGUGUUGUGA